UUCUUCGUGGGGAGGAGAAAGGAAGGGCGCUGAUACAGGUAGAGAGGAAAAGUCUCAAAAGAUUAUCGAUCAAUCGAUCAAUGCGGCGAUUGGAAACGUAAGGGAUGAAUAAUUUGCUAUCGAGUUCCUUCCCUCGGGGAUCCGACAUGGAGGCCAACCCCUUGGACGUGGAGAUGGCGGUCCACAACUCGGAGAAGAGCCUGGUGGGCUUUUUCGAGGAGGUGAGCAAGAUCAAGGACGCCAUGGACGCGAUCCAGGAGCUCCUCCUCAAGCUCAACGAGGACAAUGAGUCGAGCAAGAGCGUCCACAAGCCGGGAGCCAUGAGAGAGCUCCGGUCGCGCAUGGACGAGCACGUCUCCCUGGUGCUCAAGAACGGGCGCGGCAUCAAAUCCAAGCUCGAGGCGCUGGACGCGAGCAAUCUGGCCAACAGGAAGGUGAAGGGCUGCGAGGAGGGGUCGUCCACCGAUCGAACCAGGAUGUCCAUCACCAACAGCCUCCGGAUCAAGCUCCGCGACCUCAUGGCCGAUUUAGCGAACUUGCGGGAGAGGAUGAGCAGCGAGUACCGCGGGACGAUCGAGCGCCGCUACUUUACCGUGACGGGCGAGCAGGCGAGCCAGGAAGUGAUCGAGCGGAUGAUCCAGACUGGGGAGAGCGAGAAUUUCUUGCGGAAGGCUAUCCAGGAGCAGGGGAGGGGGCAGAUUCUGGACACGAUCCAGGAGAUUCAGGAGCGGCACGAUGCCGUGGUGGAAGUGGAGAGGAAUUUGAGAGAGCUACAGCAGAUCUUCCAGGAUCUGGCGACGCUAGUGGACGCACAAGGCGCGCAGCUCAAUACAAUCGAGGAGCACGUCAACAAGGCAGCGUCUUUUGUGGAUCGAGGAACACAGCAGCUGGUCAAGGCCAAGAGAUCGCAGAGGAGAAGCCGCAAGUGGACGUGCAUUGGGAUAAUCCUUCUCAUUAUCAUCCUCCUCGUCAUUCUUCUUCCUAUUCUUACCAGAAAAUGAUCUAAGACUGAGAUCCAAUUGGGACAAGAUUUUCUACCUUUGAAUUCUUCUGCCAUAAAAAUAUAUUAGCAUGUUAAUUUUAAUUUUUUACCACCAAUGAAGUAAG